GGGGAGGCGGCGCCCCGAGCCGGGUCGCCAGGCGCCAGGGCGAGCGCGGCGAAGAGCGCCCGCAGACUCGGGGCUGGAGCCCCCCGGGGAGCCCCCGCGAUCGGCACCGGCGAUCCCGGCUGGCGCGGGGCUCCCGAUCGCCAGCGGUUCCCCGCCCGGCGCGCCCCGCGUCUCCGUCUCCGAAAACGGAGUCUCCGCGUGCGGCCGGGGAGAGCGCGCCGGGGCCGGCGGCACCUUCCCGGGCGCCCAGGAUGCGCUCCAUCAGGAAGCGCUGGACCAUCUGCACCAUAAGUCUGCUGCUCAUCUUCUACAAGACAAAAGAGAUCGCCAGGACCGAGGAGCACCGCGAGACGCAACUCGUCGGAGAUGGUGAACUGUGUUUGAGUCGAUCACUUGUCAAUAGUUCCGAUAAAAUCAUUCGAAAAGCUGGUUCUUCAAUCUUCCAGCACUCUGUAGAAGGUUGGAGAAUCAAUUCAUCUUUGGUCCUGGAGAUAAGGAAGAAUAUUCUUCGUUUCUUAGAUGCAGAGCGAGAUGUCUCAGUUGUCAAAAGCAGUUUUAAGCCUGGUGAUGUUAUACAUUAUGUGCUGGACAGGCGUCGGACAUUAAAUAUUUCUCAAGAUCUGCACAGUCUUCUACCUGAAGUUUCACCAAUGAAAAACCGCAGGUUUAAGACUUGUGCUGUGGUUGGAAAUUCUGGCAUUCUGCUAGAUAGUGGAUGUGGAAAAGAGAUUAACAGUCACAAUUUUGUCAUAAGGUGUAAUCUAGCCCCUGUGGUGGAGUUUGCUGCCGAUGUGGGAACUAAAUCAGAUUUUAUUACCAUGAACCCAUCAGUUAUCCAAAGAGCAUUUGGAGGCUUUCGGAAUGAAAGUGACAGAGAAAAAUUUGUGCAUAGACUUUCCAUGCUGAAUGACAGUGUCCUUUGGAUCCCUGCUUUCAUGGUCAAAGGAGGAGAGAAGCACGUGGAAUGGGUUAAUGCAUUAAUCCUUAAGAAUAAACUGAAAGUGCGAACUGCGUACCCAUCAUUGAGGCUUAUUCAUGCUGUCAGAGGUUACUGGCUGACAAACAAAGUUCCCAUCAAAAGGCCGAGCACAGGUCUCCUCAUGUACACACUGGCCACAAGAUUCUGUGACGAAAUCCACCUGUAUGGAUUCUGGCCUUUCCCUAAGGACCUGAAUGGAAAAGCUGUUAAAUACCAUUAUUACGAUGACUUGAAAUAUCGGUACUUUUCCACUGCAAGUCCACACAGAAUGCCAUUAGAAUUCAAAACAUUGAACGUGCUCCAUAAUAAGGGAGCUCUAAAACUGACAACAGGAAAGUGCGUAAAGCAAUAAGCACAUUGGAAGACUUGCAAACAAACUGAAUAGGCACUUCUUUCCCGAAGAUGCUUCCUACUGUUUGAGAAGAGGAUCCCAAACUAGACUGCGUUUCAGCAUCCGCCACCUAACCGGAAGGAGAAAAAGAAUAUUUGUGAGAAAUUCACUACCAGCUGAUGAAAUACCUGCAAAGUGCUCUAAAAGUUAAACAUUUUGACUUCAAAGGUCCUAGUAAGUGCCACUUCCACUAAGAACACAGUUUGAAUGUAUAAUCAGUAGUGUUUACAAGAUCCAACAAUGCACUUGUCAUUAGUCAGUGAAGCAAAUAUGUUCAUCACAGUUGGGCCGCCAUUGCAAUGCCAAGCACAUUAGAAGAAGAACACAGGAAUACAACUCAGCCUUGGGGAAAUCCAACUACCCUGGUCAGCAGAAGUCAUGAUGGAAACAGUUUGAGCCGUGAAUGAGUUACGAUUGAACAACUCAAACAAUUGCCUUCAGUCAGGAUUCCAAGUCUGAUCAUGAAUUUGAUUUGUUUCUGAUUUUGUUUGUCUUCUAGAUUAUAUUUUGGUUUGGGUAUUGGGGUGCUUAGAAACCCUUUCUAAAAUAAAUUGAGUGAGACAAAUAAAUUAUAAAAAGUAAUCAUUAAUCAAGGUCUUAUAUUUUUAAGAU